GUGCUCCCUAUAGUCGAACACCGGAAAGGUGUGUGCUUCCUCGCACAGGCUACAAGGGACACAGGAUCAGGAACGGGGAAGUAAGUGGAGUGACGAGCGGGGACAAUGUUGGAUCCGUCUUCCAGCGAGGAAGAGUGGGAUGACUUGUUAGAAGAAGACCGGAGGGAUGUGCUGGUUGUGUCUUCCAGUGGAGGAGCCGGUCACCGCACUCUGCACGCACCUUCCCGGGAUUCCAGGGACAUUACCCAGACCAGACCAGACAGCCCCAGCCCGUCCAUCAACAGCGAGGGCAGAGAGGAGCAGGAGAGGGCUCAGAGGGAGGAACGGGAAAGAAAGAGCCGGCUGCAGCUCUAUGUCUUCAUUAUGAGGUGUAUCGCCUACCCGUUCAAUGCCAAGCAGCCCACCGACAUGACCAGGAGGCAGCAGAAGCUCAAUAAGCCACAAUUACAGACAAUAAGGGAGAGAUUUCAGGCUUUCCUUAAAGGUGACACGCAAAUAGCAGCAGAUGAAGCUUUUAUUAAUGCUGUCAGAAGUUAUUAUGAGGUUUUCUUGAAAAGUGACAGAGUUGCCAGAAUGGUACAUAGCGGAGGAUGUUCCUCAAAUGACUUCAGAGAAGUUUUUAAAAAGAACAUUGAAAAAAGGGUACGAAGUUUGCCAGAAAUUGAUGGAUUAAGCAAAGAAACUGUUUUGAGCUCUUGGAUUGCUAAAUACGACGCCAUUUACAGAGGGGAAGAGGAUCUUCGCAAGCAGCCUAACAGAUUGGCACUCAGUGCUGUCUCUGAACUCAUACUAAGUAAAGAACAACUUUAUGAAAUGUUUCAACAGAUCUUAGGAAUAAAGAAACUAGAGCAUCAAUUGUUAUACAAUGCUUGCCAGUUGGAUAAUGCAGAUGAACAAGCAGCCCAGAUUCGACGAGAACUUGAUGGACGUAUACAAGUUGCAGAACAAAUGGCAAAGGAAAGAAAAUUUCUAAAGUUCUUAACAAAGGAAAUGGAGGGUAUGUUUAUAGAAGAGUUGCGAGCAUCGGUGAACUUACUAAUGGCCAACCUAGAAAGUCUUCCAGUGUCUAAAGGUGGUCCAGAAUUUAAACUUCAGAAGUUAAAACGUUCACAAAACGCUGCAUUUCUUGACAUUGGAGAUGAAAAUGACGUUCAGCUAUCAAAAUCAGAUGUAGUAUUGUCAUUCACUUUAGAGAUUGUUAUUAUGGAAGUUCAAGGAUUGAAAUCGGUGGCCCCAAACAGAAUUGUUUAUUGCACUAUGGAAGUGGAGGGAGGGGAGAAGCUCCAGACUGACCAAGCUGAAGCAUCAAGACCUCAAUGGGGAACACAAGGAGAUUUCACAACAACUCAUCCACGACCAGUUGUCAAAGUAAAGCUCUUUACAGAAAGCACUGGUGUUUUGGCACUUGAAGACAAAGAACUUGGAAGGGUAAUACUUACACCAACUCCUAAUAGCUCGAAGUUGCCAGAGCUUCACAAGAUGUCUGUUCCCAAAAACAGUCAAGAUACUGAUCUCAAGAUAAAACUUGCUGUAAGGAUGGACAAACCACCUCACAUGAAGCAUAGUGGUUAUUUAUAUGCUGUAGGACAGAAGGUUUGGAAACGUUGGAAGAAGCGUUAUUUUGUUCUAGUUCAGGUAAGCCAAUACACAUUUGCAAUGUGUAGCUACAGGGAGAAGAAAGCUGAGCCCCAGGAGCUGAUGCAGCUUGAAGGAUAUACAGUAGAUUACACUGAUCCUCAGUCAGGGCUCCAGGGUGGCCGGUGGUUCUUCAAUGCGGUGAAAGAAGGGGACACUGUGAUCUUUGCCAGCGAUGAUGAGCAAGACCGAGUAUUGUGGGUACAAGCAAUGUACAGAGCUACAGGACAGUCUUACAAACCCAUUGUUUCCAACCAUGCUCAGAAAUCAAAUCCAAGAGGAAUAAAUGCUCACAUGGAAGCUCCUCAGCCAAACACAGAUCGUGGCCAGAGACAUGGAAUGGAUGAGUUUAUUUCUGCAAAUCCCUGCAGAUAUGACCAUGCCUCCCUUUUUAAAGUGCUUCAGCAACAGACAUUGGAACACCGGCUAAAUGAUUCUUAUUCUUGUCUGGGCUGGUUUAGUCCUGGUCAAGUCUUUGUUUUAGAUGAGUACUGCGCUCGAUAUGGUGUUCGCGGCUGCCAUCGACAUCUUUGCUAUCUGAGGGAGCUGAUUGAACAUGCUGAAACUGGGUCUGUCAUUGACCCAACACUGCUUCAUUACAGCUUUGCCUUCUGUGCCUCUCAUGUUCAUGGAAACAGGCCUGAUGGAAUUGGAACUGUUACAGCUGAGGAGAAAGAGAGAUUUGAAGAGAUUAAAGAACGACUUGCUUUGCUCUUAGAAAACCAAAUCAGUCACUUCAGGUACUGUUUUCCCUUUGGAAGGCCGGAAGGUGCUUUGAAAGCCACGCUGUCUCUUUUAGAAAGGGUUUUGAUGAAAGAUAUUGCAACACCUAUACCUGCUGAAGAAGUCAAGAAGGUUAUAAGAAGAUGUCUUGAAAAAGCAGCCCUGAUCAAUUACACUCGACUUACAGAAUAUGCCAAAAUUGAAGCAGAGAAGGAAUCAGAAUCUAUGAAUCAAGAUGAUCCUUCAAAAAAACUAAGGGAUGUUAUUCAUCUUGCUGAGCUUUGCAUUGAGGUUCUGCAGCAAAAUGAGGAACAUCAUUCAGAGGGUAAAGAGGCCUUUUCCUGGUGGCCAGAUCUGAUAGCGGAGCAUGCGGAAAUAUUUUGGUCACUGUUUUCCGUUGAUAUGAACUCUGCACUAGAAGCACAACUUCCAGAUUCCUGGCAAAGCUUUCCACUUUUCCAGCUGUUGAACAACUUCCUCAGGACGGACUCUUUGUUAUGCAAUGGCAAAUUUCACAAACAUGUUCAAGAAUGUUUCGUGCCACUAGUGAUUCGCUAUAUUGAUCUCAUGGAGUCUUCAAUUGCGCAGUCCAUUCACAAAGGGUUUGAGCAAGAAACAUGGCAGCCCGUGAAAAGCAUCACCAACAGUCUUCCUAGUGUACCUCUCCCAAAAGUUCCAAGCUUGACUCUUAACCUUCCGCAGAUACCUAGUUUUACACCACCAUCCUGGAUGACUUCUUUAUAUGAAUCCACCAAUGGUUCUUCAACCUCAGAAGAUUUAUUCUGGAAAUUAGAUGCACUGCAACAGUUUAUUCAUGAUCUUCACUGGCCAGAAACAGAGUUUGCUAACCACUUGGAGCAACGUCUUAAACUUAUGGCAAGUGAUAUGAUAGAAGCCUGUGUAAAAAGGACACGAACUGCAUUUGAAAUUAAGCUGCACAGGACAAGUAAAUCUACAGACCUCCGGAUACCAUCCUCUGUAUGCACGAUGUUUAAUGUGUUGGUGGAUGCUAAAAAGCAGUGCACUAAGCUUUGUGUUCUUGAUGGUGGGCAAGAGUUUUCUGAGCAGUGGCAACAGUACCAUUCCAAAAUAGAUGACUUAAUUGAGGAAACUGUUACAGAAAUUAUAUCACUUCUUGUUUUGAAGUUUGUUUCAGUGCUGGAAGGAGUUCUGUCUAAAUUGGCAAGAUAUGAUGAAGGCACGUUCUUUUCAUCUAUUCUCUCUUUCACUGUGAAAGCUGCUUCAAAGUAUGUGGAAGUACCAAAACCUGGACUCGACCUGGCAGACACUUAUAUCACAUUCGUUCGACAAAAUCAAGAUAUUUUACGAGAAAAAAUCAAUGAGGAAAUGUAUAUAGAAAAGUUAUUUGAUCAAUGGUAUAGCAAAUCAGUGAAAGUCAUGUGUGUGUGGUUGGCUGACAGAUUAGACCUUCAACUGCAUGUGUACCAGCUAAAGACCAUCAUCAAGAUUGUGAAGAAAACCUACAGAGACUUUAGGCUACAGGGGGUUCUUGACGGCACUCUAAAUAAUAAGACAUAUGAGACAGUUCACAACCGUUUAACUAUGGAAGAGGCUACGGUAGCUGUUUCUGAUAGGGGAGGACUCCAGGGGAUUUCUAUGAAGGACAGUGAUGAUGAAGAAGAAUGACAUCUCAAUAUUUAUAUGUUUGCAAUAUGCUCCAUGUAUUUUUAUCUGUUCUGUAUAGAAAUAUUUCACUUUACUUAAAGUCCCAAUAGAUUGCUUAUUUAAAUCCAUUUAAAAUACAUGGGCCAAAGAGUUAUAGAAAUGGUCAAAUGAAACACUGUAUGAAUCAUUUUUGUGCAGGUUUAAUAUAAGAAUUAUUUUCUUUUUGUAUGGAUUUCUCAGAACAUCUGCCUUUUAAAACAAUGUAAUAUUAUUACUGUUUACCUAUAUUUGUAUGGAAUUUCUCAACAAUGCAUUGGCCUACAUUUUUUUUUUUGUAACGUUCAUAAUAAAAGUGGAUAAUUUCCAUAUCCUAUUGGCCACUGCCUUCAGAAGUACCUUGUUCUUAUGUCCAGCCUGUGUAUGACAUUCCAUUGGUGUUUCUGCUUGUGUUGUAAAGACUAGCAGAGACGUAUAAAAAUAUGCACAUUUUAAGCCUACAGUUUCAUGGACCUGUAGGAAUUUAUUUUUUGUCUCUAUACAUUGUUUAA